AUGAAGUUCAAUUAUUUGAUCACAUACUUGGUGUUACACCUCAGUUUUGUGGCUGGCAACCCAGUGGAUCUGAGCGGCAUGGCAGUUGUUGAGGCGAGAGGGUUGGUGCCUAGGACGUUGAGUAUCACUGGUACGACCAGCGGUUAUUGUUGGGCAGUAAGCUCUGGAACACUGGUAAACCCAGGAUAUGCGGCCGGUCUACUUGACCUCUACAAUCAGAUGUUUAAUUUUUUUAACGUGGUCGGCAAUGUCGGGGCAGACGAGUUCAUUUUCACAAGCUCCAUCAACCUUGGAGUUAUUUGGAAGGCGAAAGUUAUCGUGAUAGCUACUACGGAAUCCUUCUGGAUAGCUGACGCAGUAAAUGAUCUAUAUGGCAGUCUCAAUUUAGGGGACCAAUUAUCGCUGAGGGGAGGUACUGCUGCGGUUGCGUCGGUAGCAAGUGCCCAUGUCGGGACAUUGAUAGAGAUGGUAUCGAUGAUCAACGGCCGUUCCACUUAUAAUACGUUGAAACGUGAUGUGGAUGAAAAAGAUUUGUCAAAACGUGCUAGCUGUGGAGCCGGAACAGAGGACUACAGUUCCUGUUGUACAAUCGAGAUCGAUUGA